AUGGCCCACAGAGCUUUGUUCCAGGUUAUUUUCACGGGUGCUCAAGUGUUUGGGAGAGCGUUUUCCGAAGCUUACAAGCAAGCUGCUGUUCAAGCCAGUAAGCCUGGAGCUAGUGCUGCAAGAGCAGGAGCGGCCAAAGCCGAGUAUGGGGGCAUUACGCUUGACGAAAGUUGCAAGAUUUUGAAUAUCGAAGACGAGGCCGAUCGAGCCAACCCGCAGAAGAUCGAAGAAAGAUUCAAGUAUCUGUUCGAUGUCAACGACAAGGAAAAAGGCGGUAGUUUCUAUCUGCAAAGUAAGAUCUACAGAGCUGCUGAGAGACUGAAGUUCGAGUUGGCGGAGCGAGAAAAAGCAGAAGGUGAACGACAGUCAGAGAAGCCCGACAAGAGCGACAAUGCUGGAAAACAACAAUGA